AGCAAUUUAAAUAAUAGACUUCGAUUUGUAGUUGGCGUAGAUAUGAGGUUCCUUCGCAAAACUGUACAGUUUUUGUGUUCGAGAUAGAGAGAAAUGUUAAAAAACCUCAAGACGGAAAAUUUGAAGUUACGCGAGAAACUCAAAUUAUUGCGCCAAGAAACAGACAGGUCACUAGACGAAACAGUAAUCGGAGCGUUAACAUCUUCUCCAACUUCUGAAAGAUUGAAGUUCAUUUUGGAAGACCAGGAUACCGACAUCGCAGGUACGAUGCUUUCAGAUAAAGCAAAAGUUGUCAGAGGAGAAGCUUCAAAGCGAAUAGGAGUUCUAUUACAGGACUGGCGUGAGUUUAAAGAAACAUCUGAAAAUGAACUUAGAAGACGACUCCGCACAGAACAAAAUUUAAAGGAAUUAAUUGCACGAAAAGAUAGAGAAAUGGAAGAAUUGUCUUACGAAAUUUCGUCUUACCGAUCAUUGGCACUAGAACAGAAAAACACCAUUGAAAUUCUCCUAGAAGAAAAAGAAAUUGGCGAGAAAUGUAAAGUGAAAUGUGCAGAGUUAGAAAGGUUGCUAGCGAAAGAGAGAAGAUACAACGGCGAAGUCUCCGCGGAAUUGAGGUCAAGGGAUGAUAUUUUGCGACAAAGCGCUGCGGAAAAAGAAGCGCUCCUGGCACUGAACAACGAGUUAAGGUCAGCCAAUAUUGCUCAGAAAAAAAGACUUGAAAUGUGCGAAAGAGAUGUCACAGAAACCAGUCGCGAGCUAGAAAUGCUGGAGGAUAUGGUAAAAGCUUUGCAAGAUAGGAAAUCAUUUUUAGAACCGCAUGCACCUUCGCCAUCUUCAAAAAUAUUAGGACUUUCGAAUGUGUCAGCUUCGAUGCACCGUUCUUCACCAAACGGAUCUUCAACUUCCAAAACAAUUUCUUUUCGCCCACAGUUGAAUUCCACACUUAAAGACGUGUCUGAUAGUUCACCUGCCAGAAACCGCAUCAUUCCCAUUUCACUGCAAGACGGGAAUUCGCAGCUGCGACCUACAGACAGACCCAGUACUUCGUCAACUGGAAGUAGUGCAAACGGCAGAUCAACGGACGGAUCAAAGAACACAGACGACUCUUUCACCUCAAAAAAAUCAGCCAUGUCUGCUCUGGAAUCGCUUCAGAAAGAUCACAACAAGAAGUGCAACUUUCUUGCUGAACAUAUAAAGAAACUGAAAGAAGAAAAUAAAGAAAAGGAGAGCCGACUGCGGCAACUGGAAAAUCAACCCCCGACAUAAAUAUAAUAUAUUUCGAAGUUUCGAAUAAAUAGUGUUAAUUUGGAAAUUUUUGUUGCAUUUAUUCCUAAGUGUGAUUCUAUGCUUUUACGUGUUGAUCUGAAUUUUGUCGUUGCAUAAUAACUUGAGGACGACUUGAUA